AUGGCUUCUCUUGGUGGUAACAUUUCGCCCCCUGAGAGCAUCAUCAGCCCCCAAAUCUUUGUUGCUGGCCUUGCCGGUGUGGUAUUCUUUACCAUCGGCUUCUACCAGCUGUCAAGCAAGCAUCAUCAGGAUGGCAACCCUGACGAGCCUAGCGUCGUCAAGUCCAUCUUGCUGUUCUGCUACAAUUGCUUUUUAAAGCCGCACUCGCGUGCCGCUCAAGGCGGCCAGCAGGGUGCCCUAGAAUCGUUUUACGCUGGCCAGGCCGGUGCUGUAUGUCUCCCUUAUAACGACUCAUGCUUUUGGCUGGCCCCCUUCUCGUCACCAACGGGUCGGGGGUCAACCAGCCUACGCAGACGAGCAGCCGACAGCUCACCACCGAGUCCCAAACCGCUGACACCACCGGCAGUUGGCGGCGGCACGGGCUGGAACAUUGAGGCCAUGUCCGAGUUUGUCAACGUGCCCGAGUUCUUCUCCAGCGUUUACCUGGUGGACUUCUCGCCCUCGCUCUGCGAAGUCGCCCGCAAGCGCUUCGCUCGGCUUGGAUGGACCAACGUCAAGGUCGUCUGCGAGGACGCGAGAAAGUUCCGCCUCGAGGACUAUGAGAAUGGUCUCUCGGGCGGCCGGGCUAGCCCGAUUCGUUCGUCUCCGAGCUACUUCGAGCCCCGGCCCGACCACGGCGGCGCAGACUUGCUCACCAUGUCGUAUAGUCUCUCGAUGAUUCCCGAUUACUACUCGGUCAUCGACUCGCUCAUGUCACUUCUGUCGCCCCAUGGCAUCAUGGGUGUUGUUGAUUUCUACGUCCAGUCCAAGGUUGACGUCAGCUUCCGCAACCACACGGGCGGGAUGGACUCCAAGGUGGACGCGUCCCUGCUGAAGCUCGGCCCGGAGGAUGUCGUGCUCGCCAUCACCAGCGCCGGCGACAACAUCCUCUCGUACGCCAUGCAGAGCCCCGCGCGGAUCCACGCCAUCGACCUCAACCCGAGCCAGAACCACCUGCUCGAGCUCAAGGUGGCCUCGUUCACGGCGCUGCCCUACGAGGACUUCUGGAAGAUCUUCGGCGAGGGAAAGCACGCCGAGUUCCGGUCACUGCUCCUGUCCAAGCUGUCCCCCCACCUGUCCAGCCGCGCGUUCCAGUACUGGCUCGACAACGCCAGCAUCUUCACUAAGGCCAACGGGCGCGGCCUGUACGACACAGGCGGCAGCAAGCACGCGAUCCGCGUGUUCCGGUGGAUCUCGCGCAUCUUCGCGUGCCGCCAGGCCGUGCAGGAGCUGCUGGCGGCCAAGACGCUGGACGAGCAGCGGCGGAUCUGGCAGUCCAAGAUCCGGCCCGCGCUGCUCAGCCCGCUGGUCAGCAACAUCGUCGUCAGCUCCGAGGCCUUCCUCUGGGCGGCACUGGGGGUGCCCAAGAACCAGCUCGCCAUGAUCGAGGCCGACCACGCCACCAGCCGCGCCGUGACGGGGCCCUCACCCACGGCCAAGAACACGCGCGCCCACGCCAUCUGGCACUACAUGGUCAACACCCUGGACCCGGUCAUCGAGACCACGCACAUCGCCACGGACAACCCGUACUACCACGUGUGCCUGACGGGCGACUUCUCCCCGCAGUGCCACCCGGACUACCUCUCCCGGGCCGCGCACGCGACGCUGAGCCAGCCGGGGGCGCUGGACGGGCUGCGGAUCCACACGGACGAGAUCGACGAGGUGAUUGCGCGCAUCAGCCCGGGGACGCUGACGGUGGCGAUCGUGAUGGACAGCAUGGACUGGUUCGCGCCGGCGGCGGGCACGGCGGCGGCGCAGAUCCGCAAGCUCAACCGCGCCCUCCGCAUGGGCGGCCGCGUGCUCCUGCGCAGCUCCGCCCGCGAGCCCUGGUACAUCCGCGAGUUCGAGGCCCACGGCUUCGUCGGCAAGCAGGUCGGCGAUCGGGAGCCGGGUCGCUGCAUCGACCGGGUCAAUAUGUAUGCGAGCUGCUGGCUCUGCGAGAAGGUCGAGAACCUGCCGCCGCCGACGCCGGGGUUGGAGGUUGAGACGGGGCAGGCGCUGGGCGAGGAUGUGUUGCGAUUGUGA